AGCACCACAGAAAUAAAACUAUGCUCCCUGUAAUAGCAGGCUUGACAUCCAUGAAAUCAUCCCUGCAGGAGUGGGUGGAAGUAUUGCUUUAAAAUAACUUUUGACUAUCCUAUUUCCCUGAUCAUUUCAGUUUCGAUGAAUCGAAGAAAUGUUGUCAAGGCACGAGGGGAAGCAGGCAAGGAUGACAGUAUGCAAGGCAUAGUGACAGCAACAGGAGGCUGAAUACUUCACUGCCACUCAUUCUGUCAUGGAUUUGAUGAAAGAAGACUUCGUCACUACUAGCUAUUAGGUUUCAGCUCAUUAUGGUUGCCGCUGCUUCAGAUGGAGGCCAUCCUAGGAUAAACAUUGUUUUCAAUGUCAGGCAGGGCUGAGGAUUGAAGACUGAGCCAUCAUAUUUUGGGAAAUACAGUAUCCUUUAGGUGUUAGUUGUUUAUGUGGUGCAAAGAUAAACACAAUGAUGAAUUUAAACUGGGGGUUACUACAGGGCAGGUUGUUCUAGCGUUAUCAGAAAUACAAUGACUGACCUCAGCUAAUCUCUGGACUCUUCAGUUGAGCAAGAAAGACAGAAACUAGCGACAGGUGAGCAAAAGAAGAGUGGUAGAAGCCACAGUGGUGAAGGAAAGAGUGAGCAGGGAGAGAAGGGAAGAGAAACAAAGAAGGGGCAAGGGGACUCAAGGAGAGAGGGAACUUUCAGAGGAACAGUUAGGAUGAUGUGUUGCUGCACUUGCAGUGUGAACAGGAAAUAAAGGAGAAAAGAGCACAGUUUGCCUUCAGCGCGCUCUAUAGGGCAGAAGCAAUAUGGUACAGAAGGAGAAAGAAAGAUAUAAGUAGAGGAACAGAACAAGAGACAGACAGAGUGAAAGUAAGGAGAGAGCAAGAAAGAGUAGCAGAAUGAAUAGAUAGAGGGAACAAAAGAAAACAUCAAGAGGAAGAGAAGGGAGUGGACACAGUGGACUUAGACAAUAAUGGUCACCAUGGGAAUCAAAACCAAGGCAGCUGUGGCCAUCGUGAUUCUACUGGUGUUCCUUGGCUCAAUGUGGCUCCAGGGAGGCUUGGAGAAUCAGUGGCGUUCCUGCAUGAAAGGCUUUCCUCAAGAUCAAGAGCCUGUCAUUGUUACUAUACUCAAUGACACAGGCACAGACAGUGAGAGGGACACUGACAGGGUCCCACUGGGUAAGUGUCCUGGUCAGGAUUUCCAGGUAUCUCGGCUGCUGUCUUAUCUACUGGCUGCCCCAGCGCCCCCUUCUGAUGUGCUUCUGCAGCCUUACCUCUCUAGCUGGGACGAACUCAUCAAGUUCAUGGAGGCCUUGGGCCCAAUGGUGGGUAUUAUCUCCCAGGAGAUUGACGGAAAAACCUCCAUAAUCCGCCAGCUGGCCAGAAAUGAUGCUGAGAGACAGAUGGAGCGACCGCAGGAAGAGGAAGUGAGAGAGGGAGAGGAACACAUCCGCGCUAAUGCAGACGGAAGGAGAGACUGGAAGGUUGAGGAGAGGCCGGGACCACAGACCGCCAUUGCUGUGAAGACUGAGGGCAAAGACGCUGUCGGAGAGGAACGGCACUUUGCUGACUUUGGUGAAUCCUACCUCUCCGUUCGCUCCAUGAUACAGGUGGAGCUGCGCCGGGGCACGGUGGACUUUGCCGAGCAGACGGACUCUGGCUGCCGCACACUUUUGAGGCUGCACCGGGCCCUGCUGUGGCUCCAGCUCUUCCUGAAGAAGCUGGGGGAGAAGCCUGCGGCCGGGGCGAGGCUGCGGAGCCCGUCUGAGCUGUGCCGCGAGGCCUACCAGCAGACCCUGGCACACCACCACUCCUGGCUGGUCCGCCGGGCGGCAGAGUUGGCCUUCCUCGCCUUGCCUGACCGAGGGUUCUUCUUCAGGCUGGUGUGCGUGCACAAUCAGGAUGAUUUAGCAUUGGUGCUGAACAGGGUGGUCAGGGCCAUUGGGGAGGUAUACCAGAGGACCCAGAAUGCACUGGAGGAGUAUAGCAUGUUGAACUUGCCAUAGAGAACAUAAGGGAGUUGGGGCAAUAUAGAGCUCUCAAAGUGCAGCAGGACUAUAAUGCAGACACUAUUGCUUACCACUUAGCACUGCAUUGUCUGUACAGAGACUUCUCAAUUCUGCUCCUAAAGUGAGGAAACUGGACAUUUAUUAUAUUUCUAGGACAAACCGGUUUGACCUUUUUCUGGGGUUGAGGAUGGUGGGACAUUAGCCCUUACAUGAUUGGUUUCAUUGUUGCAAAACAUGUCAGGACUAAAGCAGACAUUAGGGUGCAGUCGCUGCAGUCUCUAAUACACAAAACAAGCAUCAUCUGUGUGUUCUCAGACCAAAUGUGAUGCUUCUUAUGUUUUAAAAAAAUACUUUCUCACAAGUCUCCACUAUGAUGCCUGCAUCUGAAAUGAUCAUCUGCGCUAACAAAGGGCGCUAUUCUGGGCCUAAACCUGACUAGUGCCUUAACCUCAAGGUUGCUGUACAGUCAAAGAACAAGACAAAAGCGAUAUUGUAGACAGCAUUUGGACAAAGGGGCAAAGCAGCCACUGACACAGUAGGAAAGUGACUUCAUACAGUACCUAUAAAUUGUUCUGAAACAAACAAACACACAAGUUGAAUGUUGAGACAUUUGCAAGUCUCAUACCAUUUAUAUAACGUACGUUAUAAUGUAGUAUAAUGCUGCUGACCAUGUUGCUAGUCAAAUCCAAUACUCAAAAUCCAACCUAAUAAAGAAAAAAGCACCUAAAAUUAUAAUAGUAGCUAUGCAUGCUUAAAAGUGCCUAUGUGUGCAUUACUUUUGUCAACAGUCAUGAUGUGUCAGUAUUAGUGUGUAUUAUCUGCAUAGUGUUUAUACGUGUGAGGGUGUGUGGGUAUCAGCCAUUUGGAAUGCAAUUAAUCUAACUGUUUUAGGCAAGAAAAUACUCUUUUAACACCAUUUAAUCUCCCUAUCUACUUCUCUUUACAGAAAUAUGAUGACAUGUUGCAUGUGUAUGCAUGCUUAUAUGUACAUGCAUAGAUGCUAAUCAGGACUGGCAAACAUCCUUCUGAACAAGAAAAUCUGAAGCAAAUUACAUAAAACAAUGUAGUGUGAGUACUUCUGUGUAGCAGGAAGGGUGUGGCAAUGAAUGUUGUUGCUUCAUUUUGCUCUCCAAAUGACUGAAUGAACUGAUUUCAGUGCAUCGGAUCUUGAACCCGUAUUGCAAAGGACUGGCCUCACCAAAUGAGUUCAUUCGUUAGGGUCAGUUAUUUCCAAGGAAGGGACAUAUUUCAGCAGCUUGUUUGUUAAUGUUUGACUGGGAGAAAUGAUCUCUACUUGUAACGGCCAAAGAGCAAAGCAGUUGCACUUCCAAUCCAAACACCUGACCCAAGGGUUUGGACUAUUAGCCAUAUUCGGCUGGUCUACAGAGAGGGCAAGGGCUCAGAUAAAGCCUAAGCAAAGAGUGUUAUCAAUCACGUGAAGACAAAUCACAUGCUGUGGAUGUUACAAAGACAUGCUCACUGAUUCAUCUUACUUGGGCAGCUAAAAACCAAAUAAACAUGUGAAAUUUGA